AUGACAAUGACCGAGCUGGUGAAAACACAACCAUUUAAUCUCGUUGUCCCUAUUUAUUUUCACAUUUUCUCAAGUAGCUUUUCUUUCUUUCUUUCUUUCUUUCUUUCUUUCUUUCUUUCUUUCUUUCUUUUACUACUUUUUUUUACUACCAUAUUUUUUUUUUAUUCUCUUUUGUCCCUCGCUUACUAUUUGGCUGUUUUUUUCCUUUUCUCCUUUUUUUGUAGUCAUUGUGCUAAUUUGCGUUCUUUCUUUCUUUCUUCCUUUCUUUCUUUCUUUCUUUCUUUCUUUCUUUCAGUUCAUUUAUUCGGCUUUUUAUUCCUUUUCUUCUAUUUGGAUGUUUUUAUUCUAUUCCGUUUCUCUCGCUUAGUUAUUUUCUUUCUUUCUUUCUUUCUUUCUUUCUUUCUUUCUUUCUUUCUUUCUUUCUUUCUUUUCGCUUUCAUGUGGUUAAUUUUCGUUUUCUUUCUUUCUUUCUUUAAUUUUUUAUUUUAUUCUCUAUCAUUGUAUAUAUGUUAUCGCUUAUUUUUCCUUCUAUCAUUUCCUCUUUUCAAUCUUUCAUUUUUUUCUUUCUUUCUUUCUUUUGGCUUUUUCUCUCAAUCCAAUAUGUGUUCUAUAACAUUACCAGAACGAAGGAUGAAAGCAGAAUUCUCUUUUUCUUUUACAGUAAUCAUUUUCUUUCUUUCUUUCUUUCUUUCUUUCUUUCUUUCUUUCUUUCUUGACAUUUUUCACUUUCGUUUUCGAUUAUUUCUCAUUCAUUACCUCUUUCCUUGUUUCUGUUUCUGUUCCUUUUUUUUCAUCAUCGAAAGCUCUACGUUCUUUCGUUUCUCCUAUGUUCGUCUAUCAGUUUUUACUCAGAAAAACGGAAAGAAAGUCUCAAUAAACGGAAGAUGGUGUCGUGGAACUGUGGUUAGCGAAACUCACAAAUGA